AUGCCUCUGCUGACUCAGAGUGAGGCCUACGCUUACUGUCUCGGGCACCUUCAACUCGCACCCAAGAUGUUCCACGGCCAGUCUAGGCUUGCGAAGUUUGCAUGCGUUUCGCGUCGCUAUGCGCGGAUUGUGAAGGAGGGCGCUGCAUGGGAGUCCGCAUGCAGGACAUUUGCUCCAAAGCUCUCUGAGAAGGUGGCAGCUUCUGAAGGGGCGAAGAGCCUGGGGAGUGCUGGCUGGGCUAGCUUUGCGAAGCUGCUGACGUGGUGUCCGGGGUACUGCCAGGAAACGGAGAACAUGAAGCUAUGCGAGCUGAAACCCAUCCAACAGCAUCUAAGCCCUGAGGGACCUUUGAGACCUGCCUCGAACGUAUACAGGCGAGAGAUCCUCCCAGCCGCAAAGAAGAGCAAGAAGUUCCUCAUGUUGUACUGCAAGCAUGACGAGUGCUACACGAGGCGAUGGGGAGUCGACAGGAUUGUAUUUCGAGGGCUGGUUGGAUCAGUGGAGGAGUUGACCGAGCUAUCUGGUCUUGAAUUUGCGGAGACAGCAGAACAGAUACCUACUCACGAAGGCUUCAGCACCUGCCCUUUCUGUCCUUCCCCACUGCGACGGUUUCCAAAAGAAGGGGUAAAUGUGCCCCUGGACGUGUCGGCGGACUUCUGGAUUUGCAGCUCUGGCCACCUUUUUGGGCUGUUGGAACGCCCAUACCAUGACUUUUCGGACGAAGAGGAAGAGGAAGACGAGGACGAGUACGAGUACGAGUAG